ACCACCAUCAGAAAACACACACACGCACACACACACACACACACACACACACGCACGCACACACACACACACACACACACACACACACACACACACACACACACACACACACACACACACACACACACACACACACACACACACACACACACACACACACACACACACACACACACACACACACACACGUAUGAACAAAAAGUGAAGUGCAUGCACACAGACAGAUGAAUAAGAACAGAAAAAAUAUUGAGUUCAUACCCAAACUCAGUUGAACCAUAUAGGAGAGAUGAAAAAGAGAUACAACUAACCAUGGACAAAGGGUUCCUGUGAAUUUACAAAUGCCUUAAUUUAUUUUAAGAAUGUAUGACACUUAGGAUCCAUGGUUUACUGCAAUGUGUCAGCCAGUUCAUGAGCCACUUAUUUAUCCCAGGUUUUCACCUUGCCAAAAGUUAGGUUUGAUUCCCUAUGAUGCCGCCAAAUGCUAUUAAUAUAUGAAAACAUGGUUUGUCAGAUGGUUGUGGAUGAAAAAAUGAAUUCAAUUAAUACUAAAACAAGAUUUCUGUAUCAUUGGUUAUUGAGAAAACUUAAUGCUAGACAAAAUAUUGUUGAAUAAUUACCAAACAAAAAUGUUAACAUGUUUUCUGCCUUUCUCUAUCUUGCUUGAUGCCAACUGAAAUUUCUGUGUGUGCACCCUUGACAAUAAAAAAAAAAAAAAGUUUAGUCUAAUAUGGAAAUGUAACGAAACUCAGGUCGUAUCACCUCGCCUGAUACGCAUAUAGAAAUAACCGCAACAUUUUCCACAAGGCCAACCAAUCACAAGUCAUUUUUAAUCCUUCCGCCUUCAGUCAAAUUGGUGUGAUGAAAGUAUCAAAUGUCUUCACUCCUCCACAGAUCAUCAUGAUGAGCUGGACGUAUGUCUUUCUUCCCGUUAUCUUGGGUAAAAUAUUUACGUUAAAAUUUCUAUUUCAAUAAUGCAUGAGUUGUAUAUGAUGUCCUGUGUAAUGAUUGAUAGGUAUUUGGUGUUUUAAAAUCACAUUUAUAUAUCAUCAUAUGUUCCUCCAUGUUGCUGCACAUUUGAUCUUAAUACUAAUUGAAAGUAUUUUUCGUUCAGGUGCUGUUGUGUCCUGUCAGGACGUACUCUCUAACCCAGGAGUGGAGCUGACCGUGAGACCAGGACAAGACGUUACUCUAUACUGUGACUGUAAACAUACAACUAAUGUAAAUAUUGUUUGGUACAGGAACUGUUCUCAUGAAAAUCAGCCAACACUAUCUCUGAAUUGGAAGGACAGAGAUAAUGGAAUUUUUGAUUAUGGCGAGGAUGGAGAAAAUUUCUUCCAUUUAAAUAUGAUGUUGAACGAUUCGUCAAACUCAUACGACUUACUGAUUAAGAACAUUACUGAUUCUCACCUUGGUCUCUACUACUGUGGAACUGAAGAACUGAACGGGGAAAAAGGAAACAAGAAAAAAUGUAUCUACACCUAUGGUAAAAUAAUCACAAGGAUUUUGUUUGAUAUCCCUUUAGAUGCCGGUGCUGUAGACCCUGCUGCUCCAGACUGUGGACAUUGCUGGAUGCUGCUGGUCACCCUGUGUCCCUCCUCCGCUCUCCUCUCUUUGUUCCUCUACUUCCUCUGCAGUCACAUGGUUCGUGCCGGAAGACACCCUGGCAUCUCUCAGGAAACCAGGCCUUUAACACUGCAAGAUGAGGAUGAAAACUACAGCCGUGUGUUUUAUGCUGUGUUGGAAACUCCACAGCACAAAGGAUCUCACAGCUUCUUCGCCCGCAGUACGAGUGGGCUUUGAGAGGCGUAUUGGUUAUGGUUCCUCCCACCACAUAGCCUACAGCCCACUCACACACAAACACACACUCACGUCACACCUGCAUAAGAACACAAAGCCACACAAACAAACACACACGCAUGCACGCACACACAUCUUUGUUUAUAUUGAAAUUACCAUGUGGUUCUUAUAAUUUUGAUACCUUAUUUAGUGCACAGUAUUAGUGCAAUUAAUCCACAGUAUAUUUGACCAAAAAAAUCCAAACAUGCAUUUGUAUUUCAUUGUAUACCCAAAAGUAACCAGUCUUGUACUUUUAUUUUUGA